UAUCGUUUGUGUUCUCACUUCAUUCACUCAUUUUAUAUAUCAGAAAUUACAGUAAUCGAAUGAGCACGAUGGCGGAGAAUGAAUUAUUUCACAAACAAACAAUGUCUAUAAUGACGCUGAUGACUGAAACAGUUCGAGACGAGAUUCGAAAAGUUUUUGACUGUGAAUGUCGUCCAUUCCACACUGACAUUAGUUGUGACAGAGAUGCGAUAUUGGACAUGAAUAAGAACCAACGCAGACUGGCAAAGCUCACAGCUUUGAUGGAGACCUUUACCAAGGUGGCUGUUCAAAAAAUAUGUAAAGUCUUCAGUUAUUGCUUUGCGCUUAAGCCAACUCAGCUGAAGAGUUUUAAAGGUUACCAUGACGAUGUAAUAAAUGUAAAAGAGUUGGUGAAGGAGCAUGUGAAAAAAACAGAAAGAAAAAACAAUCAAACUGUCAAAGUUGUGCCUGAUUCUGCAGCUGUAGCUCCAUCAGUGUCUCUGGAGAGACCGAAUUUGCUCACUGCGUUACCUGAAGAAAACAUACAACCACAAGAUUCUGUUAAAAGCCAGCAGUGUGCAGAGGAGGGUCACGUUUCUAAAUUUCAUCCCGAAUCAUCAAGUAGUGGACAAGAGAACCCAGUGCAACCAUGUUUUAUAACUGUGGCCACUAUGUCCAGGAAUGAGCUUUUUACGAGUCAAACUGCUCUGUUGAUCUUAUUAAUGCCGGACACGCCAAAGCAGGACACACCAAAGACAUGCAGCUCUGCUGAACCUCAUCUCAACAUGAAUCAAAACGACACUCAGGUGGCUGCACAGGAGAGUCAUGCAAGCAGAUGUCUUUUAGUGGAGGACAGAGCAGAAGACAACAUUCAGACUGUUGUCAUAGGUGAUGCUGAUGACAGGGGUUGGUCUGAAGAUCAGGAAGGCGUGUUGCAGACAUCAGCCGAGCAACCUGAUAAGCCACAAGAGAACGAGUCUUUUGAAUGUGAGCAGUGCGGAAAGGCCUUUCCAAAGAUGUUUUCUCUUCUUCGACAUAAACGUGUGCAUUCGGUCAUAAAGCAGCACUGUUGUGAAAAAUGCGGGAAGAAGUUCUCGCAAUUAAGAGCGCUAGAAACUCAUCUCCGCAAGCAUACGCAGAAGUUCGAGAAGAAGAAAUUUCCUUGCGCUACUUGUGGAAAGAGCUUCAAAGAUCUCGCAGCUCAUGAACGGGUUCAUGAGGAAGUCAGACCGUUUACCUGUGAUACAUGUGGACAGGGAUUCACAGUCAAAGGAAGCUUAUAUAUGCACCAGAGGGUGCACACGGGCGAAAAACCGUACACAUGUGACACCUGUGGGAAAAGUUUCUCUCUAAUAGGCACCCUAAACUGCCACAAGAAGUUUCAUUCAGAUGACCGGCCAAUAAAAUGCAGCCACUGCAAUAAGAGCUUCAAGUGCAAGAGUCAUUUGAGGCGCCACCUUCCUGUGCACACUGGUGAGAGACGAUAUACGUGUAAAAUCUGUGGUAAAACAUUUGCACAUCAUGAAGCUAUGACACGCCACAUCCUCAUUCACACCGGAGAAAAGCCGUACAUCUGUGAAGUGUGCGGUAAAAGAUUUCGCCAGAGAAGCAAUUUAAAAGUCCACAUGCGGGUGCACGAAGAGACACAAUUUAAGUGUGAAAUGUGUGGGAAAACAUUCCAGCAUGAUUUUUUGCUACAGAGCCAUAUUUUAUCACACAAUCAUACUGGAAAUUCAGAAGAAGAGCAGUUUCUGAAUUCCAAGUCUGUGUUAAAAACUCAACUACAGCUACAUUCAGACAACAGCAAACCUUUUACAUGCAAAUUGUGCGAGAAGAACUACAGCAACAUAUAUAAUCUUCGCAUACACGAGAAGCUUCACUCGGGCGAGACCCCGUUCAAGUGUGAGGUCUGCGGUAAGGCCUACGCUCUCAGAAAGUCCUUUAAAACACAUAUGUUGUGCCAUUCAGGAGAUAAACCUUAUAAAUGCAUAGCAUGCGGGAAAGCGUUCAAGUGGUCUGGCUCUCUGAAAAUGCAUAUGAAUACUCAUACUGAUGACAAAAUGCACAAAUGUGAGACGUGUGGAAAGAGCUUUCGCUUGUAUGGAAAUUUAAAGCGACACAAGCAUGCCCAUGCUGGGGAGAAGCCGUUUAGCUGUAAGGUCUGUGGGGAAGGGUUUGCAGAACUCGACCAUGUCAAAGCACAUAUGCAAAUCCAUACUGGAGUGAAACCCUACACAUGCCAGAAGUGUGGGAAGAAUUAUGUAUAUCUUAGGCAUUACAAUGAUCACAAAUGCAAACCUGUAUGAAAAAGAUGUUGUUGUAGGAACUUAUAACAACUGCAGGACUCUUUUCAUAUUGUAAUAUUUCCUAGACAAAUGUUUGGGUAACAUUGUGAAGACAUUUAAAUAAAACA